AUGGGCAAAGGCGGCGAGGACGGUAAAGGCCGGAAGGGUCGAGACCGCGACAAAGGAGAUUCCGGGCGCUCCGGUGGCUGGAAGGGUGAUGGGAAAUGGUGGCCUGAUGAAGAUAAAGGCCGUGCCAAGGAAGGCAAGAGAGGGAAGAAGGGCGAAAGGGACUGGCGAGACUGGCGCAAAGGCGAAGAGUGGGUGCCGAAAGAGACGGGACGAAAAGGAAAAGCUUCGAGCGGCGAGGAGAAGGAAUACCGGGACUACCGAGACGAGUACCGGGACGAGUACCGGGACGAGUACCGGGAGUACAGAGAAAGUAAAGAAAGCCGUAGCCAGCUGAGCAGUAGCGCGCCAGACUUUAUGCCUGGACUCUACGACUACAGCUCCCUAGCUUACUGGCAAAUCGAGAUGCCUCCCUUGUGGCAAGAGUUUGCAGACAAGGAUGGCACCAAGUACUACUACAACGCCAAGACCGGCCUCACUCAAUGGGAGAAGCCUUCCGAGAUGGAGCCAAAGGGCCUUGAUGGCGGACGUCGGCGGAACGAGGAGGAGCUCAAAAAGAUGAGGAAUGAGGAAGGGCGAGAUGCCCGAAAUGAGGACAGGAACCAUCACGGCAAAGGAGAAAAAGGAGAAAAAGGAGAUGGCAAAGAUGGCAAAGGCAAGAAGCGGCGGAAUCCUCGUUCUGAGCCCAAAGAGAAGGAGCCGAGCUUUGGCCCUCCAGGCUGCAACCUCUUCGUCUUCCAUCUACCGGAUGAUUGGACCGAUGAGGAUUUGUUGGAAUACUUUGCGCCCCAUGGGAAUGUGGUGAGCGCCAAAGUCAUGAAGGAGCUGGGCACCGGCCGGUCGAGGGGCUUUGGCUUUGUGAGCUACGAGGACCGCGUCAGCGCUGCGACGGCGAUCAAGAAGAUGCAAGGCUACAAGAUUCUUGGGAAGCGGCUCAAAGUGGAGUUCAAGAAAGGCGAAGGUGAUGGGAAGGAAGACAAGGAAGAGGAAAAGGCCACCGGCGACGACGAGCGGCUAAUUGGCUAUUUGAGAGCCAUCUCAGCCAAGUCUGUGGUGCAGUCGCUCAAGGAGUCCGAAAAGGAGGAGAAGACCUUGGACGACAUGGCCGAUGGCGAGGAUGAUUAG